AUGCAGUUAUUAAGAGUAAGCUUUAUUCUUGGAUUAGUUGCUUUUGUAUCAGCUGGACAUUAUCAUGGUCAUGCUAGUAGUUAUGCUAGUGUUGUAAAGCACGACGGACAUCAUCACGACGGUGAUUAUUAUGAUCAUGGUCAUGAUGAAUAUUAUGAUCAUCAUUCACAUCCUUCAUACAAAUUUGAAUACGGAGUAAAAGAUUCACAUACUGGUGAUCACAAAUCUCAAUGGGAACAUCGUGAUGGCGAUCAUGUUAAAGGAGGAUAUGAACUUCAUGAAGCUGAUGGUACAAAACGUAUUGUUGAAUAUACAGCUGAUAAACAUAAUGGAUUUAAUGCUGUCGUCAAAAGAGUUGGACAUGCCCAUCAUGCUCAUUCAUACGGUUAUCAUGGUGGACACAGUCAUGGCUGGUAAUUCUAAAAAAAUGGCGAUACAAUGAGACGAUAGAAGAAUUUUUUUUUACAUAAGACUAAAUUAUAUGUAGAUGCACUUC